GGGAAGCAAAAGAAAGCCCGGAAAUAUGCGACCAUGAAGCGAAUGCUUAGUCUCAGAGAUCAGAGACUCACCUGACACUCGAGUAUUUAUGAAAGAAAUAAUGGGAAAACACCUAGAUGUCUCCAUUUUUAAAGAAAAGGAUAGAUUAAAACCGAAAAAGAAAGAAAAGAAAGAUCCCAGUGCCCUCAAGGAAAGAGAAGUCCCUCAACACCCUUCCUGCUUAUUCUUCCAAUAUAACACACAGCUGGGCCCACCUUACCACAUCCUGGUUGAUACCAACUUUAUCAACUUUUCCAUUAAAGCCAAACUGGACUUAGUGCAGUCAAUGAUGGACUGUCUGUAUGCCAAGUGUAUCCCUUGCAUAACUGACUGUGUAAUGGCUGAAAUUGAGAAGUUGGGGCAGAAGUAUCGAGUGGCUCUAAGGAUCGCCAAGGAUCCGAGAUUUGAACGAUUACCAUGCACACACAAAGGAACUUAUGCAGAUGACUGCUUAGUACAGAGGGUAACUCAGCACAAAUGUUACAUUGUGGCCACAGUUGACCGGGACCUUAAAAGAAGAAUCCGGAAGAUCCCUGGAGUUCCCAUCAUGUACAUUUCUAACCAUAGGUACAACAUUGAGCGGAUGCCAGAUGAUUACGGAGCCCCUCGGUUCUAAUUCUUAAAAGACAAAGUUCCUCUGCCUUCCUUCGACCAACUUUCUCUUUUGCCAGUUCACUAAACAUGCUAUAGCAUGAAUUCCACUCAUUUGCUCUGUAAUGAGCUGAGUGUGGUUAAAUACACUCACUUUUUAAUGUUGUUUUGAAAAUGAUAUUUUGUGUCAUUUUAAAAUUUGUUACAUCUUUUUGUAAAUCAGAUGAUUGCUCACAUAAUUUGGUGGUCAUUUUAUAUUGAUUUACUCAACAAGUGUUAUUAAGGUCAUACUAGGUACUUAAUAAGAUAUGGUCCUGUCCUCAAGAUACUCAUAUUAUGAUGGAAAAGAGAAAAAUGUAGAUGAAUAAAUAUGGAAAGAUAAUGAUGGUAGGAUGCAAAUAUGAGGGGGUAGACAUAUACAGGAGGAAAGAAUGAUUUCUUUCUACUUGUUCAGGAUAAGGAGGAAGAAAGGCUAGAGGUGGUUAUGUUUGAGUUAAUCUUUAAACAGUGAAUAGGUGCUUGCCCAGUAAAUGAGCUUAAGAAAAUGAGGCAAGUAAAUAAAUAAAUAUUUAAAAAAUAAAUAAAGCAAAAAAAAAUGAGGUAUAUGAAGCAUAUGAACAAAAGUGUGGAGAUGUGGAUAUUACAUGGAAUGAAUGUUCUUGGCCUGUUUAGACAGCUGCUAGAAGGUUUUAUAACUAGAACAUGGGGGAAAGGGGUCUGUACCCAAAUCCGAGACUCCAGAGUUAGGAGGUGGGAGGGAGAGGGCCUUAUAUGACAUGCCAAAGGGUUAGGACUUGAUCCUGAGGUCAAUAGGGAGUUUGAGAUUGUUGUUUUCUUAUUUCUGGUAUCUGCCCCCUGGUGGAUGAGGCUGGACUAAAGGCUUAUGCAAGUUUCCUGGCAGGAAGAAUCAGUACCUGCUCACUGCUGGGUGAAGCUUGGUCCUGGAUCUCUGGUGGGCAAGGCCAUGUCUAGAGGUGUUUGUGACUCAGGAAUUCUACUGAUGGAUGGGGCUGUGUUCCCAUCCAGUAUCUUGUUUGGCCUGAAGCUUCCCAGCCUGUAAGCCUAUAGGCUGUUUGGUGGGGCUAGGUCUUGGUGCUAAUGAUCCAAUCAAGAUGUCAACCUCCAAGAAAGCUCAUGUAGAUGAACACUCCUGGAAUGUCCACCACCAGCUUUUAUGUCCCUUGGGUGAGCCACAGCCGUUGCCUACCUCUCCAGGAGAUCCCAAGUUGCUUGAAUCCACAGAUGCAAUACCUUUGGUUAUGUAGGGCUGAUUGCAUUGUCAAAUGAUUUUUCUACAAAGGUAUCAAGACUAACCAUGGGUAAAGGACAGUCUCUUCAAGAAAUGAUACUGAGAAAACUGGAUAUCCACAUGCAAAAGAAUGAAGUUAGCUAGACCCUUACCUUACACCGUAUACAAAAAUGGACUCAAAGUGGAUUAUAGUCCUACACAUAUGACCUAAAACUAUAAAACUAGAAGAAAACUUAGGGAGAAAACUUCAGGACAUUGGAUUUAGCAAUGAUUUAUUGGAUGUGACACCCAAAGCAUAGACAAAAAAAGCAAAACUAGAUUAAUGGGCCUACAACAAACUUCAAAGCUUUUGUACAUCAAGGGAAACAAUCCAUAGAGUGAAAAGGCAAUCUAUGGAAAUGGAGAAAAUAUUUGGAAAUCUUAUAUGUGAUUAGGGAUUAAUAUCCAGCACUUAAAAGCAACUUCUGCAACUCAACAACAAAAAACAAAUAACCUGAAUUUUUAAAUGGGCAAAAGUCUUGAACAGACAAUUCUCUGAAGAAGAUAUACAAAUAACCAACAAGCAUAUGAAAAAGAUGCUCAACAUUACUAAUCAUGAGGGAAAUUCAAAUAAAAAACAAUGAGAUAUCACCUUACUCCCAUUAGGAUGGCCACUAUCAAAAGAAAAGCAUAUGAACAAGUGUAGGCGAGGAUAUGGCCAGCAUCCUAUUAUUUGGAACACUGUGCAUUUUUGGUAGGGUGUAAAAUGGUACAGCUGCUAUGGAAAACAGUACUUUUUGAGAUGGUCCCUCAAAAAAUUAAAUACAGAAUUACCCUAUGAUCUAGCAAUCUUACAUCUGUGUAUAUGUACAAUAGAAUUCAAAGCAGAAUCUCAGAGAGAUUUGCACACCCAUGUUUGCAGUAUUAUUCACAACAACCAAAAGGUAGAAGCAACCCAAAUAUCCACUUAAAAAUGAUAAAGAUGGCAAAUAUAAUGUGAUGUGCUUUUUUACUACAAUAAAAAACAUGAGAUCAGAGCAAUGCACAGAGAGAAAUGAAAGCUUAACUAUCAAAAGGAAGUCACACCUCUAUUAGGAAUUACUUUUUCAUUUGCUAUAGUCCUGUGGAGCUCGUGGACACAAGCCCUGUUGGCUUUCAGAGCUAAGUAUUUUAGGGACCUGUCCCUGGUGUGAGAACCUUCAAAGUUGGGGCACUUUUAGAUGUGGGUCCAAACAUUUUGCUCCUCAGGGAGAAGCUGGGAGUUGGGGGUUCCCUCCCAGCUGUAUGGUGCUGUGUUGAGGGUGAGGUUUUUGAUGAGAGUGUAUCUCAGCCUUUCCUACCCACUGUGAGGUAUUUUUUCAUUCACUCAGUGUGCAGAAGUCACUCGGCUAGUUUCUGGAUUUCUCUCAGAGGAAAUUGCUCUGUGUGUGGCUGUAGAUUCUGUGUGUCUGUGGGAGGAAGUGCAGGGGGCUUUUAUGUCACCAACUUGGUCCCUCUUCAUAAUAAGGAAAUUUUUUAAUUAUAGGAAAAUCCAAGGAAGUGCUCAAAAGUUGAUGGGGAUUUGCCAAAAGAAACAGGAACCAGCUGGAAAAGGCUCAUGUUAGCCAAAUUUGAGACAAUUUAAGGAUCAAAAUUAAUAAUGAUGGUAGUGAAUUAUCACAUGUUUAUUUUUUAUUGAUAUAUAUAUUUGAUAUAUAACUGUAAAUUUAUAGUGUGUACAUGUUGAUACACACUGAUUUUUAAUUUUAAGAAAUCCAUAUGUCCAUAAGAUAUUAAGAAUAAACAUGUCCAUAAGAUAGUAAGAAUAAACAAAAUGGGAGAGAUGGAGAGCUUUUUUUGUAUGGGAAUAUUACAACUGCUAAAUGUAGAGGAAUGAUAGAAAUACAAAAUCAUUUACAGUGACCAUUGUAAUAACUGACUCGGGCAAGGAUCAUCAGUGGUUGGCAGAAUCGUUGGUGAAAAGCUGUAGGGAACAAGAUGUUUUCAGAGCCUCAUUCCUCCACAGACUAUUAUAUAUACCUUUACAACAGAGAAAUAUGGCAAACACUGCCUUAACCAAAUGAUCAAACUUGGUAUCACUAUUGAUAGGACAAACUGACAUAAUGUACAUCAUGGUGUGAGGUAUAGAAGGAGACAUUACUUAUUUGUAUUUUUGUCCCCCCAAAUUAAAAAAAAAUGUUUUACAUAAAUCUAAUUAUGAGGAAACUGUCAAAUCCAAAAUUGAGGGACAUCCUGCAAAAUGAUUCGCUUGGAUUCUUAAAAAAUGUCAGUGUCAUGAAAGAAAAAUAAAGGCUGGAGAACUGUUUUAUAUCAAAGGAGACUAACUAGACAUGACAACUAAAUACCAUGUGUGAGCUUGAUUGGACUCUGAAUUUAAAAAAAAUUAGAAACUAUAAAGGAUAUUAUUGGGACAACUGAGGAAAUUUAAAUAAUGGGCUGAUUGUUAAAUAACAUAAUUAUACUUAUGUUAAACUUCCUUAGCACGAAUGUUGUAGUUGCUGGUAAGAAUACCCACAUUCCUAGGAAAUACAUGCUGAAUGUUUAGGUGUGAAGGAUCACAGUAUCUUAAAGUAACUGUUUAAUGGUUUGGGGAAAAACAGAUAGGUAGGUAGGUAGAUAGAUAGCUGGAUGAAAGAGCGGGAAGGAGAGAGAGAAUGUAGCAAAAUAUUAACAAAUAUGCCUAGAUGAAGAGUAUAGGGUGUUUGUUUACACAUUCUUACAACUUUUCCAUAGGUUUGGUAUUUUUCAAAAUAAAAAAUUUGGUGAAAAAAAUAAGAUCAGUGAGACAUACAGUAGAAAGAAAAGAUAACUAACAGAGUAGCGUCAAGAGAUGGAAUCUAGAGCAUAAAGGCCAGGAUUAACUUGGGACAGAAGAGCCACUCUGAAACUGGUGGAUAGGAGGCAGAGGAGGCUGCAAGUAAAGAUUAGUGUGUAGAUAUGUGAGCAGAUAUUGAAGGAGUUUGUGCCUACCAGUCUCAACAAUCUUUGUGAUGUUGUAACCAAGGCCAUUUAUUGAGGAACAAGGCUUGGGGUAGUGGUGAAGGAUUGAAAUAGUUACUGUAGUGAAUGGGAGAGGCCAGUGACAUAUAAAAUGAUGGCAAAGUAACAUUGAAAACCCAGGCGGGAUCGAAGAACCUGAGUGAGUUAGUGGCACCUGUUGUGUCAUGUAAUUUCUUCAGAACCAUUUAACAAAAGAAAGCAGAUAGGUGGAAUGAGCUGUAGUUGGGAAUUUACAUGGCAAGCACAACAGUAGAGCAAAGAGUUGAUGAUGAAUGCAAGAAAGAUUGAAAUGAUAUAACCUAGGUUCCAGAACUAGUAGAAAAGAAUUGAUAGGAAAGUGAAAUCAUGAGUGGAGUGUCAAACUGGGGAAAGGGAGUCAAGGGACAGGAGGUUCAAGAAGGUUGAUUAACAGAUAUAUUAAAAAUUAGGAAGUGAGAGAGCUAUAGAAAUAAAAGAUUGAGAUAGGUAAUUAGAACAAGAUAUCAGAAAUAGUACUAUUCCUGCAAAUAUAAGGGCUAAUGUUGCAUUUUGGGUACCAAUUGUGGAUAAAGAUUUUGAAAAUGACAUGAUGAGAGAACUUUGAGCCUAAAUUGUUCAGUGAUUCAUCCAUCUGUGUACUGAACAGAAACCAAGCAUUAAUAGCACACCCAAAGGCCAAUUGCCUUCCAUAUAAAUUGCCAAAUUGGUACUUCAUAAUUAACGAACUUGAAUCCUGUUAACUGAGUCAAAGGCAGGGCAUCUUACCCACAAACAUGUUAUCUAUAAAUUGGCAGGGAGCUCAUAAGAUGGACUGUCCUAAGGAAAUAGAUCCUCUCUUUAAGGAAUUUAGAUCUCAAGACAUGGAUUGUUGAACAGCUAUAGCAAGAGUAGAAACCAUACACAAAGAAAAGCUGGGGUGCACCUGACACAAGAGUACCAAGAUGGCAGAGUCCUAAUCAAGAACUUACUAAUGCUGAGACAGUGACAGCUAGGUCUACAUUGAGACCUAAGGGCAGCCAGUUCCUAAACUAUAUUCCAAUCCCUCUGUGACCUACGUAUGCAGCCCUUCUUCAAAGGGCCAAGUGGGGUUCCUGCAUUUCCAAGGGGCCCAACUGUGUUUCUGAGAUUCCUGUUACUGUAUGUAUCCUUAGAAUGCAUCUCCAGGUUUCAGUUAGGAUGCUUCUAGUGCAAGUAGCAGAAAUCCUAACUCAGUCUAUCUUAAACAGUAAGGAAAUGCAUCUCAAAUAACGGAAUUCAAAGGUAGUGCAGCUCUAUGCACAGCAUAAUCAGGGCUGAAGCUCUAUCUCUCUCAGUUUGACAUUCCCCCUUUGAUGACUUGUCAUCAAAGCCCCCAGUUGGCUGUAAACAGCAGUUGGAACAACAUGCCCCUUCUUCAUAUCUAUUGGUGAUAAAGAGGGUCUCUUCCCCAAACCAUGUAAUAUAAAUCCUUCUCUUCAGCAUGAUUGUGCCAACUUUGGGCAGAUGCCAAUCUUUGGCCUAAGAAAUGCCACGUGCUGAUUAUGUUAAGACAGAAUAUCUGAACCAAUAAAAGGCAAAGGGAUAUCACUGUGAUUGACUGAAACUACUCAGGAUCUACUCUUGGAGCUGGAGAUGGUCAGCUUUUUCUCAGUGACAUGGGAUAUGUAAAGAGAGAUGUGGACACUUGAACAAAAUUGGGAUUUUAUCAAGAUGGAAGAAGGAAGGAAACGAAUGUCCUGAAGGGAAACAGUAGUAUUCACUACACCUCAUUCUCAAACACUCAAACCUGUUGUUUGAGGUGGAACUAUACAAGUUGGAGCUAUGUUUCAGUCUAGAAAAAUUGUCUGAACAGUAGUUUUCCUGAAGUAACCCACUUUAAUAUUUCUUAAUUCUCCUUUAAUUUUCCCAUGUAAAAUAUAUAAUACUUCAUACAUUUAAAGGUAGACAUUUAUGUUAAUAUUUAACUAUAUAUGUGUAUUUAAAUGUAUACUUUUGAUUGUAUUAAAUACUGUAUAAUGUAUGCAGAUCUAUAAAAAAUUACAUAUAGAGUAUACAUGAGUAUAAAUAUACAUAGAGUAUAUUUGAGCUAUAAGGAAUAUUACUAAAAUGAACACCCUUACACCGAUAACCUGAUUAAAGAAAAGAAUAUUAUCCAUAAUUUUGAAACUUUCUGUCUAAUCCUCUCUGAUUACAUUCCUUCUCUCAACAACACCCCUCCUCUGAGGUAACCACUCUCCUGGAUUUUGUGUCUGUCAUCCUCUUGGUUUUCAUUAUAGUUUCACCCAUUACUUGUAUACCUUAACAAUAUGUUUGUAAUGUGUAUGCUUUUGAGCUGCCUAUAAAUGAAAACAUGCUGUAUAUAGUCUUUUAGUAGUAAAAUACACAAAACAUAAAACUUAUCAUUUUAACCAUUUUUAACUGUAUAGUUCAGUGGCAUUAAGUACAUUCACAUUGCCAUGCAACCAUCACUACCAUCCAACUCCAAUUUUUUUUUAUUUUCUAAAACUGAAACUCUGUACUCAUCAAACAAUAACUUCUAAUUCCUCCCUACCUCCAAUCUCCAUCAUCAUGAUUCCAUUUCUUGUCUCCAUGAAUUUGACCACUCUAGGUACCUUUUGUAAGUAGAAUCAUACAGUAUUUGUCCUUUUUGACUAGCUUAUUUCACUUGGCUUAAUGUUCGAGAGUCAUCCAUGUUGUAACAUGUAUCAGAAUUUCUUUCCUUUUAAAGUUGAAUAAUAUUCCAUUGUAUGUAUACGCAACAUUUUGUUUAGCCAGUCAUCUGUUGAUGGGCACUUGGGUUACUUCCACCUUUUGGCCAUUGUGAAUAAUGCUGCUGUGAACACAGGUGUACAAGAAUCUG